GGGAAACGCCGGCUACAGUAGAAACCUGACCAGCGGAGAAGCAGGUGGAAUUAGUUCGUCUGUUACACCGACACACAACAACAAACUUGUUGUGUCUGAUCACAGAAACAGCCUUUGCAGUGUGGCAGACGGGAAUAAAGUUUCAGAAACACUGGAGAAACUAACUUUAAUUUCUUUUAUCCUAGCACUUCUUGGAUUUGAAUGGACAAGGCACCACGAAUUAUACAGCCCAGCUAGUAAAGCCCACUAACGGUUCAGUAAUGCCUGUAAAGAAGAGGAAGGUACCUGAUUCAGAUGAGCAUGAGAACAAGUGUAAAAUUGCACGAUUUGCUCGUCCUCAGAAUCGUGGCUUGAAGCCCGCCAGCAAUGAAAAGCCAUUUUCCAGUAAGAAAUGCCUGACCUGGUUCCACAAGUAUGCUGGUCCUGACAAGGUGUUCGGUCCAGAGGCCAUGGAGAAGUUCUGUGAAGACAUCGGCGUGGAACCAGAAAAUAUCAUCAUGUUAGUUUUAGCAUGGCAUCUAGAAGCAGCCACUAUGGGAUACUUCACAAAAGACGAGUGGCUCAGAGGAAUGACAAUAUUACAAUGUGAUUGCACGGAGAGAUUACAAAGCAAACUUGAUUACCUGCGCAACGAGCUCAACGACUCAGCACUCUUCAAAAAUAUUUACAGAUAUGCCUUUGACUUUUCCAGGGAUAAGAACCAGAGGAGUUUGGACAUGGACACGGCUAAAUCCAUGCUGGCCUUGCUGCUGGAGAGGACUUGGCCUCUGUUCCCUGUAUUCUGCCAGUUCCUGGAGCAAUCAAAGUACAAAGGACUAAAUAAGGACCAGUGGUAUAACGUUCUGGAGUUCCGCAGGACCAUCAACACGGACCUCAGCAACUACGACGAAGAUGGCGCUUGGCCAGUGCUGCUAGAUGAAUUUGUGGAAUGGCAGAAGAUGAGGUUUGCGUCAUAGCAGACGUCGCCAACCCCCCAAAAAAGAGGAAGACAACGGAAACAACAAACACAGAAGAAGGGGAUAUGUUUGUCAUGUGAAAAUAAAAAAAGCCCGCCUCAUACACAUGAAAUAAGGACUGUAGACUCAUCCCUGUGGACUCCAUGCUGAAAAUCGUCAACGAGCUGUCGAGGCCUUUCUCUUACCCAAAUAGUUUCCUUUUUUUAUUUUAAUUUUAAAUAGUGUUAAUUUGAAGAAAAAAGUGCUUGGAUAAGCAUCUUUAAUGGAAAAAAAAAAUGGACUGAGGGAGCUGUGGAAUGUUUUCUUGGUAAUUAUGUUUUCUGGUUUUGUCUUGUUUUCAUGGUAAUAAAAAGGAGAUGUGGAAGUAUAACAAAGUUGCUUCUUAAUAAAUGGUGCAACAUGCAGGUUUCCGUCAACAAACAUUGUGUAAUUUCGAUAUGCAAACACUAGUAAGGGUUUUGUUUUUUAACCUUCAGUAUAGGAAACAAAAAUAUCCCUCAUGAAAAAAGAAAGACGCUUGUCCCACAGGUCUUUGUCCCUGCGGCAUUCAAAGCAACGGGUGAUUUAUUUCCACACACUCACUUUUGACAGGAAUGUGACUGAGCGCUCUGGAGAAACAUGUUUUACUUUUUAGACUUAACUGUUUUGCAAUAAUAGUUAUGAAUGUAUUUGAAUUUAUCUGCUAUACUUCCCAGGGACAAACAUGCAUCAAGCGUAAUAUUUGAUGGUUUUGGUGACGUAUUGACUGCUGCAUGUCACUGGUUCUAAUCCCCACUUCAGCAAGGUUGUCUGUUAACUCCUUACAUGUUUCUCUUUCCCCUUUUUU